CACAAGUAUAUGUAUAAUAUUUUACAUUUAAAAAUUAAUUAUAGAUGUAGAAUUGCAAAUAAAUAAAAAACUGCAAAUAUUUCCUCUAGAGAGAAAUAUAAAACUGCUAAUAUACAGAAUACAUUAGAAUUUUAUAUUAGGAUAAAAUAAAUACGUUGUUAAGUUCUUUAUUCCUUAUUACAUAAGUUAAAAUAAAAUAAUAUAAUAUUGCCUAAUUAAUUAUAAAAAAAACACUCACAUUUGAUGUAUUCUACAAAGUAUUAUAAAGUGUAUAAUAAACAUACUCAAUAAGGAAAAAAGAAUGGACAGUGACUAAUGUUUAAACUUUGUAUAAAAAUAGAUAUCCUACAAAUUCAUAAUCCAUAUAUAACGAUGAGUACAUUUCAUUUCUCGUCAAUCCUCUUAAUCUUAUUUCUAAUAUUUCUGUAUAUUACUUGACUUGUUAUAUAAUUUUAAAAAUAUAUAUAAUAACAUUAAAAACAAUGCGAAUUUUUUUUAGCUUAAAUAAAAAACAAUUGAAAAAGAAAAACUUCGCAUAUACCUAUUCCGUUCAAAAAACGAGGGGAAAAACGACGCUCGCGCAUCCGAAACAAAGAAUACUUCCUACGUGUUUGCCCCGAUUGGCAAACAACCGAGCACAAGAUCGGCCGAUCCGAUCGCUACGAGCUGCGGCCGGGUGUCCAACUUUCACUGACAACUCGUUAGGUCUGCCGCCAUAGUUUCGAAUCAUUCACAGUCAUUGCGCGACGUCGGUAGACUGCGGUAGCGACGCUCAACACCUCCGUCGUUCGUCGUCAAACGCAUUCUUUUCAAUCCGCUGUACUUGACCCAUUCGAUCGUGUUACUUAACCGGAAUAAUUAUUUCCACUCGUCGCGCGUCUGCAACCCGUUGUUUCCAAUUAAAAAAAAAAUUAGAAAGCUUCAUUAUCGUUACAGUUUCAGAGUGUCGAUGGUUUCACUUCUGGGCGAGAGUAUCGUAUUGUAAUUUGCGUUUAAAGAAAUUGGAUUUUUUUACGUGUUAACAGAAUUUGAAGGAAUUUGAAAGGGACGGAGGGAAUUUGGAGGAAUCUUUUUUUUUUUUUCCUUUUUUUUUCGCGCGAUGGAAUAUCGUUUUGCAUUGGAGUUGUUGAGUAUUGCGACGAUUUGAACGUAUCGAAGAAAGUGGAAGUGAAUUGGAAAGCGAAAGUUCUGCUGUAACAUCCUACAGUCUGAAAGUCGACGAUCUCUGGACACGGGCGUGCGGUGCGUCAUCCAUGUUUCUUACGGACACCAAUUAAACUCAAACCGAUCGAUCACGUUCCUUCUUUCGUUUCACAAAACGAUAUCUCCAGUUUCACAAUUCCGAGGCUUCGUUAUCCUUUCCCCGCGAAUAAUCGAAUCCAAUCCUUUUUCGAAACAACUUCUCUCCAACUUCCAACAUCACCGCAUCAUAAAUUCCAAUAACGCUCUAUCACUUUCUCGAUCCGAAUCAACAUUCGCAACGGCGGCUACGCGAUCGAAUCGAAAUAAUAUAUAUAAAAAGAAAACAAAGGUGGUGGCGCCUCUGAAUCGCGCGGCGCCGUUUUAAUCGGCGGUCUAUCGGACGCAGUAGGUGUAGCGGCACGGGGAAUAAAGUUCAAUCGGCAGAUCCAGUCCCCUCGGCUCGGUUCUUCCUCGAUCCGGUCCCUGAAUCGGCGGAGGCCGCAGUGAAUCGAGGAUCGUCGAUCGGUGCGGACGCGUCGUUUCACGGCGGCGAUACAACGCCAAGGACGCGAGAGAGUCGCCGGAGGCAUGGUCAUGGACACAAGCACCGUGCGGCUGGUCAUAUUCCUCGGCAUGUUCCUCAUGCUGGCGGGCGACUACACUUACCUGAUCACCGCGAUUUUCGGCCGGUCGGGCGGGCAAAAUAUCACGGAACCGAGCAAAACUGCCGAGAGCCAAGGGAGGAGCAACGAUGCUGAGGGCAGGAUAGCCCUGUCCGUCACCAAGAAGAUGGACGAGAAGGAGAACGCAAUUUCACGGCGUGCAAGAAUGAUGACGACGAUCAAGACUGCUUGUUUGCCCAAGCUGAUAUGCGAACUGACCUCGUCCGUCAAUCAGGAUCAGCUAAGCGAAAUGGAAAGGUCCCUGUUAAAUUUAAUCAGGGACACGAGCUUGAGCACGCUGGCGGAAGUGCCCUCGAGGUACCACUUCGCCGCGCAUAUGGGUCAACUGAUAUCCGGCGUGGAAGGUCAAGGAUGCCAUAAUUUCUACCCCACCUGUCCGCUGCCUGGAUCCAGUGUUCUCAACAUGAUGAAGAAGAUUCGAUUGCGCUGACGCGACGGAAUCGUGUUGAAAUGAGAGAGAGAGAGAGAGAGAGAGAGAGAGAGAGAGAGAGAGAAAAGGGAAAAAAUACGACGACUCAACCUGUGAUAUCGCAGACGAUUCCUCUUCCAAAUUUUCUGUAACCAAAAUACCUAACGAACGAUCGGAUCAAUUGUUCUAAAAAUUUUGAAUAUCCCUGAUAUUAUUUUAAGUUAUAGUGAUAAUAUUUUGAAAUUAUCUUCAGCACGAUUAGAGAAACUCGCGCGUAGAUUAAGAAUAUUUAAUGAUUUUUAUCAAAUUAUCCAAUAGUAUUUCAAUACUCCAAUGAUCAUUGGAAUAUAUGGCGUUUUAUCGAUGUAAUAUAGCUUUAGAUUAAGAAAAAUAUAUUACAAUGUGGUAAUCUGUAUUAAUAAUAAUUAAUCUUCGUGUAUCUCGUGUACAAUCGAAGAAAGAAAAAAGAAAUCUGAUAAAAAUUAUUUAUUUCUUUCGCCGCUAAUAUUCUCGAUAACUUUCGAUUAUGUUUUAACGCAAUGUAUAGAAAGUGUAAGAUUAUGAAUUAUAUGUAUAAUGAAAUAUCGUAUGUCUUAUCUAUUGAUGAAAAUAAAAAUUCUUUCACACGCA